GGGCGGUCCUGGGGCCGGGCGCGGAGCCGCCAUGCUGCGGGUGGUCGGGCUGCUCGGGCUGCUGCUGCCGGGGCUGGCGGCGCUGGAGCCGCUCAGCGUGGGGCUGGCCAUCGGCGUCGCCUCGGCGCUCACCGGCUACCUGUCCCACCCCAGGUUCUACUGCAGCUACGUGGAGUGCUGCCCUAGCGCCGGCCGGCGCCUCAACGCUACCGCGCUGAAGUUGCAGCUGGACACCAAGCUCUUCGGACAGCACUUGGCCAAGGAGGUGGUGCUGAAAGCAGUGAUGGGCUUCAGCAACAACCCCAGUCCCAAGAAGCCACUGAUGCUCUCGCUGCACGGCUGGGCCGGCACUGGCAAGAACUUCCUCAGCCAGAUCCUGGCGGAGCACGUCCACCCCGCCGGCCUGCGCAGCAAGUUCGUCCAUCUCUUUCUGGCUACCCUGCACUUCCCCCACCACGACCAAGUCAAGACCUACAAGGAACAACUGCAGAACUGGAUUCGGGGCAACGUCAGUGCCUGUCCCCACUCUGUCUUCAUUUUUGAUGAGAUGGACAAAAUGCAUCCAGGUCUCAUCGAUGCCAUCAAGCCAUUCUUAGACUAUUACGAGCAGGUUGAUGGGGUGUCCUACAGGAAAGCUAUCUUCAUCUUCCUCAGCAAUGCAGGUGGUGACUUAAUUAAUAAAGCAGCUCUUGACUUCUGGGCAAGUGGAAAGCGCAGGGAAGAGAUUCAGCUGAAAGACCUGGAGCCCAUGUUAUCUGUAGGAGUCUUCAAUAACAAAAACAGUGGACUGUGGCACAGCAGCCUCAUUGACAGGAACCUCAUUGACUACUUUGUCCCCUUCCUGCCCCUGGAGCACAAGCAUGUGAAGAUGUGCGUCAGGGCUGAAAUGAUAGCCCGUGGCUAUGCUGUCGAUGAGAACAUCGUUCAAGCAGUGGCUGAUGAGAUGACGUUCUUCCCAAAAGAGCAGAAAAUCUACUCUGAUAAAGGCUGCAAGACUGUACAGGCCAAGCUGGAUAUUCACGAAGACAUUGUGAUGAGAGAUCCAAAAGCCAAGGGCUGAGUACCCAUCAGGACUCCAAAGCACUUUCAGAGCUUUUGGAAAUUUAUGUUUUUGCACUUAAGCUUUUCUACUGUUGCAGGGAGUUUGGUGAAAUACCAGAGUGUGCUAUGUGGGCUUUUUAUCUGCAGUUAUGUUUUGUGGUUUGUUCUUUUUUUUAACUUAACAUAGAAUCACAGAAUGGUUUGGGUUGGAAGGGACCUUAAAGCUCAUCUAGUUCCAACUGCCUGCCAAAAGUAGACACCUUCCACUAGAGCAGGUUGCUCAAAGCCCUGUGCAACUUGGCAUUGAAUAUCCCACUGUUCAUCUCUGAACUGACUGGUACCCAGAUGUUGCCCCCUUUAUUUUUCUUUCAACUAUAGAGAAUAUCUGAGUGUGUCACAUACAUAGCACUGGAUACAGUCUCUCCUGCUUUAUUCUUCCAAGUGCUAGGAUUAUUAAGCAUUUAAUUCAUCUUUCCACAAGAACUAGACAAGAGCAAGGGAGAGCAGAGGAACUCUUCCAGGCAGUCACGUUCCCUUCCUUGUAGGUUGUCUCAUUCAUGGGCUAGUGAAAUGAAGGGACGUGUGGUGUGUUCAGGGCUAUGACAGUGUCUGCAAGGGUGAAUACCAUGAUGUGUUGCAGGAAGAUGGUGUGGUGGAAGGUGGAUUGAUGCUGUUGUGGCUUCUACAGGCAAGCAUCAGCUAUUCAGGGACAGAAGGGCAUGAUUACAGUUAAUGUCUGAGCUGUGGCAUCAUACCAUGUCUCCUGCUACAGUAAUAAGGGAAGACAUGAUGAGCUUUGGGAAAUGUGUUACUAAAUAUCAGAGAAAGGUUGUGGGAGGGAAGUAACUGCUUGUGCCUAUGCUGCUUAGGCAAAAAGAAAUUGUAAAAGAGACUUUAUAUUCUUUAACUAAAGGAGCUAUGUGAAUUUGUGUGAUAACUCCAGGUCUUCCUAAGCAGAGGGACGCGUCUAAGAGAUUCCGCUGCUACAAUGUCUUACACCAGUCUCCUGUUCAUAAUCAGAAAACUCUCUCAUGAGGAUUUGACUAUUACAGCUUGUCAGGUGAAGCUGCAUGUGGGCUCCUGGGCCUGAAGUCUGCGAGAUCUUUAGUAGUCACCCCCAGCUGCACGCAGUAGUCCCCAGGAGUGGGUAACGCUACUCUCACCUUGCUUGGAAGACACUUUCAUGGCAGAAGUUACUUCAAAUAGCGUAUUUUAAUGCUGAACUGCAAGCAACAGCAAUACAAAGCUCUUCCUGGAAAGCCACAGAGAAGGGAAUAUGGGAAAUGGGAGCAAUCCACAAUCCCAUACCACAGUAGAUAACUAAGUUUUAUAUAGGUUCAAGAAUGUCUGUGUGGAAAGGUGAGGAGUUAGGAAGCUUGGAAAGACUGAGUUAACCUACACCCAUUGUAAGGCUGAAGUUUAAAACUCUGUUGCAAGCUUUAACUCUUUCAUCCUCACUUGUGGAUCAAGUAUUGUAAUGCAAGACAGAAGUGCCUAUCACUUGUUGAUCGUAGUGUGUUUUCUAAACUGAUAUGAGGGAUUGGGCUAUUUUUGUGCUGCAGCAAGUGUUCCCUCACUUGUACUUAAACUGGCUUUAAGGUAUGAUGCAAAGCUUACAGUUCUCAGUGCUAUGAUGUUAAUUCAAAUUACAACAGAGAGCUUAGCAUUUACAUUAAGCUCUCAAUGUAAAGUGUCAGUUGCCUUUUACAACCCCACGUGGAGUUUGUCAAAUGUUGGCAAACCAUUCACACUGAUGCAAUCUCCAGAGCCCAAGCUAGCUAGCCAUUAACCUUGGGACGUUGGACUCUUGCUUUUUAUGGAUCAUGUUUUGCCUGUUAACUGACUCACAGGUGUAUAUGCUGCAUCCAGUUUCAGUUACUUCAAAUACAAAAUACUUGUGCAAUUUCAAACCACUAAAUGUUACUACUAUACUGCAGUUUGAAUAAAUCUUAAGUCACUUUUC